AUGGAUCGUCAGAUGGACUAUGCCUUCCCACUAGCAGAUGACGACUGCGAUUUCCCAAAGCAAGAUGCGGCAUUCCGCACGAGUUAUCGCCGCAGGCUACGGCUGCAGGGUCGCGAGCAGGAGUAUGCCGAUGCCGAUGUGGGACACAUCUUCGCAUGGCAACACGCGCAAACCAAUGAUCGCAACAAUGUUUUCAUGCAGGACCGGCGAUGGAAUCGCGUCGCCAAGGAUAACUAUGACGAGCUGAACUGUGCUUUCAGCGGAGCCCAAAGAUGCCGUUGUGCUUAUGAUGCCUGUCAAAGCGAAGGGCGUUUGUCGGAGGGUCGUUGGGGCGGUUGGCAACCUGAUGCAAUCCGGGCACAAGGGAGCGCCCAGUUCAGGGAAAUGGGCCUUUACACUCGUGUUGAGGGGGGUUUCGAUCCCUCCUCGCCGGCCAUUCAGAGUGGCCUUGUGCAGUUUGACGCGUACGGUCGCCCAGUUGGAGUCGGCAGCCUCAUCCAGGACUACGAGAGACUCCACGGUCGCCGGCGGCAUGGAAGACCAGUGGAUCCUACUUACAAUGACCAGCAUGAGGCAGAGAGGUAUGCUGCCAUCGCAUCCGGGCAACAACGCCCGCAGCCCAUAAGCAAUUGGUGCUGCGUGAUGUGA